AUGAAUCCACUCCAGUAUAUCUUUCAGAAGCCCAUGUCUAUCGGGAAUUUAACAAAGUGGCAGAUUCUGCUAAGAGAAUUUGACAUUGUUUAUGUUACUCAAAAGGCAGUUAAAGGACAAGCUUUAACUGACCAUCUUGUCGAAAACCCUGCAGAUGAAGAGUACAAGCCUCUAAAAACAUAUUUCCCAAAUGAAGAAGUUCUAUUCAUUGGAGAAGAUAUUUCAAAAGAAUAUCUGGGUUGGAGGAUGUUCUUUGAUGGCCCAGCAAACUUCAAAGGAGUCGGUAUUGGGGCGGUACCAGUUUCAAAAUUAGGCCAACAUUAUCCGAUCUCAGCAAAGCUCAGGUUUCCAUGCAUUAACAAUAUGGCGGAGUACAAGGCUAGCAACCUUGAUCUUACAAUGGCUGCUGAUAUGAACAUACAAGAACUUUUGGUUAUUGGGGAUUCAGAUUUGGUAAUUCAUCAAGUACAAGGUGAAUGGAGUGUCAAGAAUGUGAAGCUACUUCCAUAUCUGGAGUGUGUGAAAGAGUUACGUAAGAAGUUCAUUAAGGUUGAAUUUAAACAUGUCCCUAGAAUUCAAAACGAAUUAGCAAAUACAUUGGCAACCCUAUCCUCUAUGAUUCAACAUCCAGACAAGAACUUCAUAGAUCCUAUCAAGGUGAAUGUACAAGACCAACCGGCCUACUGCUUUUACGUAGAUGAGCAUCUGGAUGGAAAACCUUGGUACUACGCAUCAAAAGAGAACUCCAGAUUUAGGAUUGUUAAGGUGCGUCGACGCUCAGAAGGCAACCAGAUUGCAUUCGUUUUGUGCGGAAAUGUUAUCAGUGUCAGAUUCAUGGUGGAAGCUUCCUUAUACAAGUCUGUAACAAAGAAGGUGGUGACAGAUUUUCUUCGCAAUAACAUUAUUUGUCGAUUUGGAGUUCCAGAAUCAAUUAUAACAGAAAAUGGAGCUAAUCUCAACAACGGCUUGAUGCAUGAGAUAUGUGAGAAGUUUAAGAUUACUCAUCAUAAUUCCACCCCUUAUCAUCCUCAGAUGAAUAGAGUAGUUGAGGCCGCCAACAAGAAUAUUAAACAGAUAUUGCAGAAAAUGAUUGAUAAUUACAAACACUGGCAUGAAAAUUUAUCAUUUGCCCUUCUGGAAUAUCGCACCACUAUUAGGACUUAUACUGGAGAAACACCUUAUCUACUAGUUUAUGGAACAGAAGUAGUGUUACCCACAGAAGUAGAGAUAUCGUCUUUGAGAAUCAUUCAGGAAGCUAAGUUGAAUCAUGCCCAAUGGAUUCAAAAUCAGUAUGAACAAUUGAUGUUAAUUGAUGAAAAGAGAAUGAACGCAGUCUUUCAUGGGCAGCUUUAUCAAAAUAGGGUAGCCAAAGAUUUCAACAAGAAGAAUGAAGCUAAGGGAAAAUUUGCACCCAACUGGCAAGGGCCUUACAUCGUUCACAAAGUGCUGACAGGCGUAGCACUAAUCCUAGAGGAACUGGAUGGUGAAGUGUGGCCGAAAGCCAUCAACGCAGAUGCUGUUAAGAGAUACUAUAUUUAG